AUGCGAGUGACAAACAACAGCUUCUUUGAAACGGCCGAUCCCAGCGAGUUGUACCUCUCGGCCCUCGUUAUCGCUGGUAAAUAUCUACAUGAUGAGGGACAGAGUGAUUUUGUUUACAACGAUGAAUGGGCGAACUCGGCCAGAAUUUCCCUGAAGCGACUUAACUUGCUGGAAUUGAAUGUGCUGGAUGCAUUGCAGUGGGACAUCUACGUGAAUAACGAGGAAUUUAUGCGGCUGGUCGAAUAUGUGGAAACUUGGGUGGCCAAGGACAGUCUGGUGAAGCGCGGUUUCUCUACUUACAAUGAAAUGGCUGUUCUCGGCUCAAACAUCGAUUUCAUGGAGAGUUGUAUCAAACCGCUUUUAUCAUCGCUGGUUGCCCUCAUCGUGGUUUAUCUUGCUGCAGUUUCAUCGCUUUUAAUGGCACAACAUAUGGUGGUUUUAUUGGACAACCAUCGUAAGUAUUUUCAUUUCAUGUUGUUACGGUGUCCAGCAUCUGUGAAAUUGGUCUGGAACUAA